AUGAUCAAGCAGGAACAAGGAAAUUCUUGGCACGUUUAUGACAAGGAAGGCUCUCACCCAGAUCCAGACAAGGUAUCAGCAAUUAAAGCACUGCCGAGCCUAGAAAUGUCACAGAGCUGCAACAAUUUUUGGGAUGAUGCAACACUGGCACAUUUCAAUCCAAAUAAACCAACAGUCAUACAAGUAGAUGCAUCUCAAAAAGGCAUUGGUGCUGCAAUAGUACAAGACAAGCCUAUUGCGUAUGCAUCCAAGUCUCUGUCUGAAACAGAGCAACGCUAUGCCAAUAUCGAAAGAGAACUACUUGCAGUGUCAGGAAAAGAUCUUUUAUUAGCAGAUGGUCUGUCACGUUUGCCAUCAACGGACAACCAACACAUUGGCCUAGACCUACAGAUCAACUUUGUUACAUUCAGCAACGAAACAUUAGACCAACUUAGACAGGAAACCUCUAGAGACGGCACACUCCAUGGACUAAAAGAAGUCAUUAUCCAAGGAUGGCCAGAGACAAUGAAAGAUCUACCAAGGAUGUUACAACAAUACUGGUCCUUCAGAGACGAGUUAUCUGUUGAAGAUGGGCUGGUGAUAAAAGGCAGCAGAGUCAUAAUCCCAGCAUCAAUGCAAAAACUUGUGCUUGACCGCAUCCACAAAGGACACCAAGGCAUCACAAAGUGCCAACUUCGAGCCAAAGAAUCCGUGUACUGGACUUCAAUCAACAAGGACAUUGAAGAGAUAGUCCAGCAGUGUCCCACAUGCCAAGAAAUGUCAAGGUCGCAAACAAAGGAAAUCCUCAUCCCGCAUGAACUUCCUACACAACCAUGGCAAUAUGUUGGAACAGAUCUUUUCCAUUAUGGAGAAAAUGACUACCUGAUUGUUGCUGACUACUACUCAAACUCUGAAGAAUUUGUUAAGUUUGCUUCGAACUGGGAGUUUGAACAUAUAACAAGCUCACCCACUAUCCUCAGUCCAAUGGAUUCAUCGAGAGGACUGUUCAAGACGGUCAAAAACACCAUCGAUAAGGCAAAAAGAAGCAACCAGGAUCCGGAAUAUGGCAUUGUUAACCAUACGUACCACACCACUGGAUAG